AGAGCGGCUGUGACGUCACGACGCGUUGACGCAGCUCUGGCUGUGGAGGGGACUGUGCUUCCCUGACUGUAAUUUUCUUACAAUAUUUUUCUUUAAGAUUUUUUUAAUCACAGUGCGUAUGACAGUCCGUGAGGGACAGAGACACCGUUCAUGUAGUGUAAGCCAUCGAAAAAUCGACUCCAUGGAGGUCGCGGACAGCCCGCUCAAUCUCGCUCAUCAGCAGUGCAGGACAGCAGACCGAUUGCUAGCGGCUGGAAAGUAUGAAGAGGCCAUCUCCUGCCAUGGAAAAGCAGCAGAUCUUUUAACAGAUGCAAUGAAGACAACAGAGUGUGAGCAGGCUCGUCUGUCCAUGGAGCUGCAGAGGGACAGUCAUAUCAAACAGCAGCGCCUGAUCCAAGAGCGCUGGAAGAGAGAGGCUCGUCGUGAGGCAACAAAGGCCCGACCUGGCCCGGUGCAACCCUCCAGCGGCCCAGCCCUCCUACCCCAAACCCAGUCCACAGGCCAGCUCCAGCCCCAUGGUUCCCCAGGCCUCUCGGCUGCCGAAUGUGGAGGAAUCGGGGAGAGAGAGUACGACACCUUGCUCUACCAGCUUCAGACUCGGCAGACUGGAGGCUGCCAGCCUUUGACUCCAUCGUGCCCUGGAUCUAAGACCACCAAAGACGACAAAACUCGCUUGGAAGAACAACAGACCACCAUCGUGGACCUACGACGUCUGGUUGACCACCUUAUGAAUGAAAACCAGCGGCUAGUGGCCGACAACGAGCGGCUACAAUCGGAAAAUGCCCGACUGCGCUCCGAGGCAGCAGACUUUGUGGAGCGUUCGGAGCUCUGGGUGCUCCCGCAAGCAGGUGCUGCUUUGGGAACAGUGGGUGGGCAGGAGAGGAAAAGCACUGGGAAGGGGAAGGACAUCGCAAUCCCACAGCUGCCGCCGCUGGAGAUGCCAGCUCAGGAAGAUCUGUGUCUGGAUGACCUGCCUCCUCUGGAGCUGCCAGAAGACAUCCAGAAUGAACUACAGGAGCUACUGGACAGGGAUAAACUGUGAUAAGAGACAUGUCUCACACACACACACACACACACACACACACACACACACACACACACACACACACACACACACACACACACACACAGGCACCAGGGUUUGACUUUUGGUACUUACAGGUUCUGUCUGAUCAGACCUUUCAUUUAAAGGUGAGCAGAGCUAUCAUGACUAUUCCAUGAGAACCCCAAACUUUACGAAUGAUACAGGUGAAAGGUAACAGUGCAGCAGAGUGAGGAAGAUGCCAGUCAGUGUCAUACAGUCUUGAGAAGGGAAUAAUCAGGUGACUAUAGGUAUUAUUAUUGUUCUAUAUGCUAUACCACUAAUAAAAUGCAACCUAAGUCGAAGCUAAAGGAAAAGUUCACCCACAAUUAUACUGCCCGCUGGAACAUCAGAGCAGUUGUAUGUCAGUAUGUCAUACAGUGAGCUCCGUAUCAGCCUUCAGGAAACAACUGAAGCUGUCAGGAACACAUUGUUAGGCUGAAUGUGAAAGUUCAUCCUUGGCCUUAAAAAUGCAGUUUGACAGAGUAAUCCUUAUGAUACAAAUAUUAUAAUAUAUAAUUAUGGGGUUUUUUUGCAAAUCAAAAUGUAUUUUACAUAAUGUCUGAAAAUGAAUAACUGAAGAACAUAAGCAGCAUAAUGUAACUGUUCUGAAGCUAAAUGAUGAAGCUGCUGGGAAAAAAAAAAAAUAUAUAUAUAUAUAUAGAAAGUGCGUGCGUGCUUUGAGUGGUAAAGGCUAUGGAGAAAGACACGUACAUGUAGGCUUCACUAUCUAUUGCAUUGAUUUUUUGUUGUUUGUAUUAUAAUGUCGUGAUUUUGUAUAACCUUUUUUACUUAGUGCAAUAGAACUUGGAAAUUCUUUUUUCAUUUUGCCUCUCUAGUUUUUAGUUUUAAUCAUGGACCCAUAGCAGAAUAGUUGGAACAGAACAUGUUCCCAGCAGCCUCAGUCGUGAUGGAAAUGAAGCAGCACCAACACGCUCACUGGAUGUUCACUGACACACACUCCACACUGUUUCAUCGUACACGGGCGUCAGUGGAUAAUGGCUAAAUUUCGAAUCUGUUGAUGAACUGCUCCUUUAGGGCAUAAUUGGAACUAUUAACAAUGUUAGAGGCAUUGUUUUAACCAACACACUCAUAGCACACCGAUAGAUCAGAAUCAUUUGCAGUGCGAUUCAGUCAGAAAAGGAUAUUGCUGUUGUUGAGGAAAAACUACAUUGCUGCAUUUUAUAAUUUUCUGUUAGGGUACUUGAAUUAAAAGCUUCAGCGAUCAUUUGUGUGUGAAGUGAAUUUUUUUAUAAGCAGGUGACAUGACAAAAGUACAAGCUCUGGUUUUCUUGCAGAUGGGUGUUUUUCUGCAACAACAGCAAUACACACUCACAGAUGGCAUGAACAUAACAAAGAGUACGGUCUAGACCUGCUCUAUGUGAAAAGCACAAUGUGAUAAUUUUGUUAUGAAUUAGCAUUAUAUAAAUAGAAUUGAAGUAAAAGGUUAAUGGGAAUGAAGGCUACAGACACAUCCAGUCACUGCUUGUUCACACUGCAAGCAACAAGGUUGAUGAGUAUGCUCUAAAACUAACAGACCUCAGGAUUUGCAACAGGAAUGGGACGUUUGCUGUCUUUCAUAAUGUGAAAGGAGAAUGGCACAAAUCAUCUUCACUUACCUGCUGCCUAUUUUCCAACAGUCCAGUUUUUAUCUUCAGUGCAGGCACUGCUACAUUUGUUGACUUAAAACUUGAUUGUAGAACUGAAACUAUUAAUUGGUUUAUCAGUUAGUUGGUUGACAGAAAAGUAGCUAUUUUGAUAAUCAGUUAGAACUAGUCAUUUAAGUUUUUUCCCAGUAACAAUGCCAAACAUUUGUUGGUUCCAGCUUCUCAGUUGUGAGGAUGCCCUGCCUCCAUGUGUUAUCAAUUUAAAGUGAAUAGUCAUCUUGGCCUUGCAUGCGGAUUUGAACUGCAUUACCAUGCAGUGGUGACAUAUCAAGCAUGUUGUGCAAAGUUCAUUUUCAUACCUUAAUGUAAGGAAUGAAAAGAAAUGGCUGCUGGUAGGGCUGCAACUAACGAUUAUUUUCCCAAUGGAUUAAUCUGUCCAUUAUUUUCUUGAUUAAUCGAUUAGUUGUUAGAGAAUCAAGAGAAAUACAUUAAAAAAUCUAAAGUCAUGUUGGAAGUUGGUCAGCAGGAAUGAAGUUAAAUGAACUGGCAUGGUUCUUUUACAGCUGCAUUAAUCCAUUUUGGUUCACAAGGGGCCUAAAGAACUCAAAAAGACAUUAAUACAGCCCAGAUAUAUUAUCAACAUGUACAUAUGUUAUAGCUAGCAUGUUAGCAAAUAGUCGACUAUAUACAUCCAGCAGACACAGAGCAACAUUAGCAUUCAUUUGUCAGUGUUAGUCUGCUCAUUUGUAGCUCUGUUUUGGUCUCCACCACCUCCUGACAAAAAUAUCUGGCCUUUUAGCUGCUAGCCGCUAGCUGUGUCUGUCUGCUGUUUGCUGCUGGCCAGGUAGUGUACAGUACAUCAGUGCUUGGCUGAACCAUGAAGUAAGUGUGCUGCAAAACCAAAACAAAAUACCUCUGCAGGGUUAGCUUUUGUUAUCUGUGGAUAUAUCCCUGCGAGCCUCACCUUUCACAAUAUUUGGUGUUGUCAUAGAAAAAAAAACAAUUAAUGCAGCUUUAACUGAACUGUGCAAGCAUUACAUCUGUAGUAGUAACAACUGUGAUGUAAUCAUCAAACAUCUUGUCCAAUGAAGACAUGAUCAGCUGUUCCUGGCACAAAGAAAAGAAAAGGACUUGAGGCCAUUGGUUGACUAUGUUGCUUGCAGUCUGAAUGUAUGUGCGCACUAUUACGCAAUCAGAGGCAUUUGUACAAACUCAUGGACUCACACUUAGCACCAUAUAUUUCUUUACUAGAACAAUAAUCAUAUGCAGAACUGGCUGCAAACAGGACAUCAUGCUGUGUUCACGACCUAUGCAAAACAUAGAUAGAGGUUUACCUUAGCUUCAGCUGUUAAAUCUGAAAAUACACGUAUCAUCUUCUUCUUUCUGAGGAAGGGUUUGCAUUGACUCUGACAUGUGUACAACUGGAGGAUUUUCUUUUUCUUUUAAGUGGAGGUAAUUGAGUAAAUGAUUUUCAUCACAGUAUCUCAUCAUUUCUGAUCACAGCUCUUGAAAGCUAUGGCAGGACACCAUGUCCUGUUCCAAGUUUUAUUGACAUGACGGUGUUAAUGUGUUCUGAAUAACUGUCAGGUUUUUGUGAUUAUCAUUCUCAUAGGACGUGAAUGCAGCAUUACCAUGAAGUCAGACACUUCAUUCAGCUAAUGGGAGUCACUUCUCACUUAUAACUGAUAAGUACACAAUGAAAGCUUAAACUGCCGGCUGGCCGGCUAGUGUUCCUCAAACUAGCCGAAACAGCGUCAACAGCCCUCCUGGACUCUGUACUUUGUCAACAAACCCAACCCGUGCCUUGGACACCUUUCUGUGCUGUGGUGGCAGUCACAUCUUUGAGUCUUCAGAUGGAUAGAAGCACUAGUCUUGUGACUUGACAAGACAGUUAAUUGAACUGUCCAACAGACGAAUGAACAAUGACUGAAAACGACAGUUUCUAAAGUCAUCUCAGCUCUUCAGAGUGCCACUGUUUCUUGGCUCCUAACAAAAGCCCACAUCUGUAUCUGUGACACACUCAUUUGUCACAAUAGGUAUCUAAUGCCGUUUUACCACAGCCCGCCAUAUCCUGCUGUACCCACCCUGUGCCAAGUCAUGAUCAUUCAUUUCCACUGAUGCUUCACAGCAGGGAUAACCAUUAUUAGUGUUGCCUUGUGGUCCUACUUGGUAGCAGAGCUGACCAGGGCCAAGCAGAUUAGCUUUGUUAGCAGUGCUGUUCAAAGAAGGUGGUUACUCAAAAAGAUAUGGACACAUUCAGCGCUAUUUGCUCAGUGGAUCAGUUUUAAAUAUUGUACAGAGGAAUAGUACAAGAAGAAACACCCGCAGUGAGUGUUUCCCCCCAUUCACAUCUACAGACUAAACACUAGAGGCUGCCGUUCAUUGUGAAUGGAACCUCCAAAUAGCCUUGUCAACUAUGAUUCAAGACUCAAAGGUCACCUAGCAGCACAACCUGAUUAAGUGGAGAAAGGUUCAGCUUUAUGCAUGUCAUUUUUUCUGACAACCAAUUGCACGUGUUUUGAGCCCCUUGGGAAGUACCACCAAAAAAAAGGUGGGAAAAGCAGGUUGUUGCAGUCAACUUCCCCAAUUCAUUAAUACAUCAUUUUAAUGAGCCAAUAGAGGAACAAUGGGGCAUGAAAGCGCAUCACUCAGGACGCCUGUAAAAUGACAACAGGAGAAAAUGACUGUCCAAAUCAGAGCUGAGUUUGUAAAUUCCAUACUAAAAAGAACACUCCACAUGUUUGCAUUGCACUCCUAUAACAUUGUGAUUCUCACGAUGGACUGUCAAAUCAAAUUAUUCCAUGUAUUCAUUUUCUUUGUCAAAAACCUGACAUAAAUUACCCAUAAUGCAACUCAUAAUGCAGCCAUUUGGUUGGAGACUCUUGUGUGUCAUGCUAGAUUUUGUGUGCCAGCACUAUGACUUGCUCACGGCUCAGCUCAGUCUGAGUCUCCCCACCCCUGCUGAAAAAUGCCAUAAAAUGAGUUCAGACUUAUUCUGACAGUCUGCACUUUGAACCAUUGUCAUUCCCUAAAUGUUGCUAUCAUAACGCCUGUCGGAGAAGUCAGACCAUGAAGAUGUGAGCUCUGAUGGGUUUAGAACUGCAGACAGUGGGCGGAUCUCACACACCUCUGUUCUCUCUGUCUUCAGUUGAAGACCUGUUUGAUGACUUUAAUUAUGUGUGUGUUGCUAUGAUAUGUGAUGCUAUGUGAUCUGGAAUUUGUGUGUUGUUCAAGGGUGAGAGUUUAUUAGUGUUUGACUGAUUUGAAGGCCAGUUCAGGUAUGUUUACCUGCCUACUGUAACCAACGGUUACCUAUGUUUUGGCUCACAGUUAAUAUGUUAUGGUAUCAUAAACAAAUAAUAAAAUCAUUUGUUGGCCCCAAAA